UUUCUCUUCUAUUCUGGGGGAGAAGUUUUCCUCCUGACCAAGGAAAAGGAGAAGAAAUCAAACAUGAGGCAUCCUGUACAAACUUGGCUUCCUCGCGGGAGAGACAGAGAUCCGGCAGCGGCACGGCAGCAGUGGCGUUCCCUCCUCCUGACCCCCUCCCGCCGCCCUCCCACAUGCUCCUCCGGUCGCCGGCGGCGCGGCGGCUCCACCUGCUCCGCCCGCACCACCACCUCCUCUCCAGCGGCGCCGCCGCGGCGCUCGCGCCCCCGCCGUUCUCCCCGACCGAGUGGACGGAGGCGCCCGUCUCCCGCGUCCGCGCGGCCACGCCGGACGCAUCCCUCUUCCACGUCUCCCUCGACCUCUCCGCCCACGGCUCCCUGCUCGCCUCCCACGUCGCCGCCGGCCAGUUCCUCCCCUUCCGCCUCCCCUCCGCGCCCUACCCCAUCUUCCUCGCCAUCUCCUCCCCUCCGCCGCCGGCGUCCGGAUCCUUCGACUUCCUCGUCAAGCGCCUCCCCGGCACCCCCUCCGCGCGCCUCUGCGACCUCCGCCCCGGCGACCUCGUCAGCGUCGGCGGCAGCGUCGUCGGCCGCGGGUUCGAGGUCGGCAGGAUCGCUGACGCCCGCGAUGUCCUCGUCUUCGCCACCGGAUCCGGGAUCAGUCCUAUUCGGUCACUCAUCGAAUCCGGAUUUGGCAAAAAUAAGGAGAUUGAUGUGAGCCUCUUUUAUGGGGUUAGAAACCUUCAGAGGAUGGCGUAUCAGGAGAGGUUCAGUGACUGGGAAUCGAGAGGAAUAAAAAUUAUACCUGUUCUCUCUAGACCAGAUGAUCAAUGGACAGGCGAGCGAGGCUAUGUUCAGAAUGCUUUUUCAAGGAUGAAGAAGGUUGUAGAUCCUUCAUCAAUGGGAGCAAUUUUGUGUGGACAUAAACAGAUGUCUGCGGAAAUUACUAGAGCUCUCGUGGCUGAUGGUAUGACUAAAGAUAAAAUCUUAACAAACUUCUGACUGCUAGUAGAACACAUUUCCAGCCCUUCUGGCUCUUGUACACUUACCAGUGCAAUCUGAGGGCAAUUCUUUUACAUCAAGUGCGACUUAAGCUCGUGAAAGAGAUACAGCUACGUACUUACAAAUAAGGGCAACUCAUUUUCCUUCGCGUUCGGAGUUGCAAUAUCAACAAUUUUGUUGCUGGGUGUUGAUAACCUGAUGUAUUUAUCUCAAACACUUUGUGGGCAUCUGAAUCCAGAGGUCCUUAGAUGAGAAAAUGUUUUUUAGCAUCUGAGACAAUACCACCACUGGGAAGGAGGUGGAUGUAUUCCAAAAGGCCCCCUUCAGAAAAAUAGAUGGAAAUUUAGGUUGUAUGUUUGUAUGUUAAUAGAAUCAUUUCCAUGUAGCACGCCUUCAGAUAUGAUCGGUCAGGUGUACCUGUGCUGCUGAAGUUUUGGUGUUUUAGAGAUAUGAUAUUUAACAUAAAUUCGAGUGGAAUGCUGUGUUUUCACUCUUGGAUGCA